GGACCAGCAUUAAAGAAAGUGGAUCUUGGGCUUGGGCCCAAAAGCAGACAGCAAAAGAAUUAAAAAUAAAACCCUAGAAAAACCCCUCCAUAGCUUUCAAGCUUCGCGGAUCACAAAGAGUGGAAACAGCAUGUCGAUGGAGAGCUACGUGGUGGUCCACAACAUAGCAAAGAAGCACAACGUCGGAACGCUAGCUAGAAGUGCCACCGCCUUCGGCGUCAGUGAAAUAAUUAUAGUCGGCCGCCGUGACUUCAACGCCUUCGGUAGCCACGGCUCCACUUCCCACCUCCGUUUCCGCCACUUCCAUUCCCUCACCGACGCCCGCCUUUACCUCAAAGAGAAAGAUUGUGAUAUUUGUGGGGUUGAGAUCACCGACGGUGCCGUUUCAGUAACUGAGCAUCCUUUCAAGAAAAGCACUGCUUUUCUUCUUGGUAAUGAGGGAACGGGGCUUUCUGCUAAAGAAUGUGAGAUGUGUGAUUUCUUUGUUUACAUUCCCCAAUAUGGAGGUGGCACUGCCUCUUUGAAUGUCACUGUUGCUGCUUCUAUUGUUUUACAUCAUUUUGGAGUUUGGGCAGGGUUUUCAGAGAGAAUUCGUGAUGGAAACAAGUUUGUUGUGGCUGAGAAACCUUUGAAACAGGUGGGCCGAAAAUACUGCCCGGAAACAGAUAAUUCUAUCAUUGAAGAGCGAAAAUCAAGAAGGGAAAAUGCUUCUAAUGGAUUCUUCGAUGAAGGAAAAAGUGGUGCAUCUUCUGCUAAUCUUCUGGAUUCAGUGUUUACUGAGGAGUGAUCGCAGGAAUCAAAGAUCGAAUUUAUCUGCAGAUGAUAAAACUUUGCCACUGAACUUUGGAAAGUAAUUUGGGCCAAUGGUCCCCCUUAUUGAAAUGUGACAAACAGCUUCUACCUAACCAUGAACUGAAGAGAAGCCCGACUUUUGAAGAAAUUGCUGUCUCUGAAUCCAUUGAGCAAAAGGGUUACAAGGGAGUCCUUUCAGACUAGUGCGCCGUAAAUGACUCUGGACAAUAAUUGAGUUUUGUAUUAGUUUGCUUUGGUCAGCAUCUUUAUAAAUUGUAAUGGUCAUAUCAAGGAUCACAUUAUUGUUUUGUAUUUUAUAAUAAUUGCCUAUUAAGUA